CUUCGCUGCAUUUUCAAUCGUCACACACAGAGAGAGAGAGAGAGAGAGAGAGAGAGAGAGAGAGAGAGCACCGUCGGUGGCUUCAUUCCGUUUGUCGUACGCGAUCACGAUCUUACCUUUAGCUCUUGAAUCUGUGGCGCAAUUCGAUAAGUUUUGAAUUCCGGUUAGGUUUUCAACUCCCUUAUGUCGAUAGGUCCGUUAGAAAUCGAAUUGAGACGGAGACGGCGAUCAACUGUUUGGCUUCGAAGGCUUGAAGAAAAGGCUGGAAACUGAGGCAGUGGGAAACACUAGGGUUUAUUCUUCUGGUCCCAACUUAUUGCUGAAAUUGGAGAUAAUAUCUGAAGGCUGAGAUGAGAUGCAAUGCGUGCUGGAGAGAAUUGGAAGGGCGAGCUAUUUCCACCACUUGUGGCCACAUCUUGUGCACCGAAGAUGCCAGCAAGAUCCUCAGUAAUGACGCGGCUUGCCCCAUAUGUGAUCAAGUGCUCUCCAAGAGUCUUAUGAAACCUGUGGAUAUCAAUCCUAAUGAUGAAUGGAUAAAUAUGGCCAUGGUCGGGAUGUCUCCGCAGAUAUUGAUGAAGAGCGCAUACAGAAGUGUGACGUUCUACAUUGGGCAAAAAGAACUGGAAAUGCAGCUCAAGAUGAAUAAAAUAGUAGCUCAGUGUAGGCAGAAAUGCGAGACAAUGCAAGAGAAGUUCACAGAAAAAAUGGAGCAGGUGCAUACCGCAUACCAGAAAAUGGCCAAGAGAUGCCAGAUGCUGGAACAAGAGGUUGAAAGCUUAUCCAAGGAUAAGCAAGAGCUUCAAGAAAAAUUUUCUGAGAAAUCUAGGCAAAAGAGGAAGCUUGAUGAAAUGUAUGAUCAGUUGAGAAGUGAGUACGAGUCGAUGAAACGAUCAGCCAUCCAGCCCGCAAACAACUUCUAUUCAAGAGCUGAGCCAGAUUUGUUCUCAAAUCCACCUAACAUGAUGGAUAACAGAGAUCCUAUCAGAAAAGAUUGGUCUGUUUUCACUCCUGAAACUCCAGGCCCGAUAGAGGACAUAUGGCCACAAGCAAGACAGAAUAGUUCGAACUCUGGCCCCUUUGACAUCUCUGGUUGCUCACCUGCUAAACAAUCAGCCAUUCCACUUGAUGCUGAUAACAGAAGACCUGCUGCCGGUAGACCGGUGUUUGGAUCUGGAGCCAGUAACCCAUCAAUGACUCUGAGGAACCUAAUACUUUCACCAAUAAAGCGACCUCAGCUUUCUCGCAACCGCCCUCAAAUGUUCACGUUGUAGAGAAGGUUGAGGCUUGCCAUUGCAAAGCCGAGUUGCUGCUGAUUAUACAGCUCAAAGGGGAUUCUUUGUUUCCAGUGACUGGCAAUGUAUAUAGCCUAUAGUGAUUCAUUCUCAGGGUGAAGCAGCCACGAGAACAAAAAUUAUGAAAGACUACAGUAGUAUCGUUGAAGCUGAUUUGCCCCAUCUGUUGUGUGCUUGAGAGAAAACCAACUGCACUUGAGAGUUCACAGGACUACACUUGAUUAAAGAGGAAUGUAUUUCGCUUGUUUUGUUUUUUCUGUUUCUACAAAUAUCACUGGGCUGUUUGGGCAUGAGCUAAAUAUAAUUUCCAUCUGUUCAAGUUUCAUGGCCUUCGUUUCACAGGUCAGAAAUUGUCUUUGUUUUCCAAAGUCAUAGAAGUGACAGCGAGAACUUCAGCAUCAUUAUGGUGUAUGAAAUUACUGGAAUUCCUGAGAGAUUUCCCUGUUUCCAUGUACCUUAAAUGCCCAUGACGACCUUUUUU